AAAAAACGUUAAACCCCUCAAAUCUACCCGCCCAUUCCCAAGACUAAUAAACCCUAAUUUCCCCGACCGCCAUUCCCCGAAACUCUAACCUUUACAUGGAACUUCUUUCAAUGGAGCCCCAAAUCCCCCCCAAUUCGCAACCCAUUCUAUACGAAACCCUAACGGUAACUCCAAUUUCCCUCCCUUCUUCCCCUGCCUCCGAAUCUACGGCGUCCGAUCAACCUCCUCUUGAGCCGUAUUCUGUCUUCCGUAACGAAAUCUCUUUAUCAGCCGAAAAUCCCAUCUCCGUGGACUCCGCUGCGCCGGAUUAUUUCUCUCUUGAUAUUAACGAGCCGGCUGAGCCGGUGCCAGUUCAGGUUCCGGUCUCGGCUUGGGAUGAAACGGAGCCGAAGACGCCCGGUAUUGUGGAUGAGCCGAAGCUUGAGAACAAGUGGUGGUUUCGUGGAAAUAGUAGGUUUAAAAGUCCAAUGCUUCAGUUGCAUAAAGAGAUAGUGGACUUCUGUGGUUUUCUAUCCCCAACUCCGGAAGAGCAAGCAGCACGUGAUGCAGCUGUGGGUUCUGUUUUUGAUGUGAUCAAAUACAUAUGGCCUGCCUGCCAGCCAGAAGUUUUUGGGUCUUUCAGGACAGGACUUUAUUUACCAACAAGUGAUAUCGAUGUUGUGAUUCUAGGGUCAGGUAUAAAAAAUCCGCAGACUGGUUUGCAUGCUCUUUCUAGGGCAUUAUCUCAAAGGGGAAUUGCAAAAAAGAUGCAGGUGAUUGCAAAAGCUCGCGUACCAAUAGUUAAAUUUGUGGAAAAGAAAAGUGGUGUUGCAUUUGAUAUAAGCUUUGAUGUGGAUAAUGGACCAAAAGCUGCCGAGUUUAUCAAGGAAGCAGUACUAAAAUGGCCUCAAUUACGACCUUUAUGUUUGAUCUUGAAAGUAUUUUUACAACAGAGAGACCUGAAUGAGGUAUAUUCAGGCGGAAUAGGUUCUUAUGCUCUCCUUGCGAUGCUCAUGGCCAUGCUGCAGAGUCUGCAUGAAUCCCAAGCUUAUCUGGAACAUAACUUGGGGAUGCUCUUGGUGCACUUCUUUGAUUUUUAUGGACGAAAACUGAACACCGUAGAUGUUGGAGUGUCUUGCAAAGGGAGAGGCACUUUCUUUUUGAAGAGUAGCAGAGGGUUUUCAAACAAAGGGCGACCAUUUCUCAUCUCCAUUGAGGACCCACAGGCUCCAGACAAUGACAUCGGGAAGAACUCAUUUAACUAUAUCCAGAUUAGAUCAGCUUUUGGGAUGGCUUUUUCUACCUUGACUAAUCCAAAGAUCAUCUUGUCUCUGGGCCCCAAUAGAAGCAUUCUUGGUACCAUAAUUAGACCAGAUCCACUUUUGCUUGAACGUAAAGGAGGAUCUAGCGGGGGUAUUACGUUUAGUAGCUUGCUUCCUGGAGCUGGGGAACCCUUACAAACAAUGUCUGCAGAUCAGCAGGACAUUUUGUGCAAUUGGCACUUAGAUGAUGAAGAACCACUGCCUCGAGGAGAUGGAAAUGCUGGACAUGAUAGUGCUCAAUCCUCUGGAAGAAAGAGGAAAUCUUCUUCCAAAGAAAGGCACAAAAAGAAGAAAGUAAAAGAAAAUGGUGAUGUAAGAAAGAUCUGGCAUGAAGAAACAGUCUCAGAGAAAAAAAGAGUGAGCGAAAGAAAAGUUCUAGACAUAACCAUAAACACAAUAAUGCCAAUGGUUUUGGUCGCCAUGAAGUUGGUUCUUCCAGGAGUUGCUAGAAUGAUCAGACCCUUGUGCCCUUAUUUCAUUGCAAGGAACGGUGAAGCAAGAUGUCAAGGUGGACUACUAGAUGCUAUCAUACAAGAUUUAGGGACUUCUGUUCUAGACAGUAGUUUUCUAUAGGUCUUGGAUGGGUUUAAGCUUUACUAGUCCCCUUUAAAAAUUUUCCGGCUGCAGAUGAGGCCUUCCUAUAGUUGGCAAAAAUUAUGAAGACUAGGGGAAGAAUCUUAAAAACAUUUUUAUACCGUCAAAUGUAACAAUAGCUUAAUAUAAGCAGUUAACUUUACAUCUUGAAAGUUUAAUGUCAAAUUAGUUUCACAUUUUUUCUCCAUGUACCAUUUGAUACUCUGAUAUUGGAAGAAGAGAGCCUUUUGGGGAUUCACCCCAUCUGCUAUUCUUUAAAAUUUUUUGAAUGGAUCUUACUCUCUCCUUCCUCAUAGUUCUACAAAUAAGCCAUGUUCGGGCAAACUGAUUCUUGGAGCAGUACUAAAUAUUCUGCAAACCAAAACUAGAGAAACUCUUAUUCAUCCAGCGCGAUGGCAAGCUUCAAUAUUUAUGCUGUUUUCGGAUUUUUGUUUCUUAUGACAAGUUCCAAUCACAGACGUAAUGAGAAUUUCACACCAAUGUUAUUGAAGGUGAAACAUAUUUGAAUGGUCGUAAAUAAAUAAGAAUACCGAAUACAUCUUUCAAUCGACGUGGUUAAUGUUAAUUAACUCUAUUCUUCGACCAAAGAUUAUUUUC